AUGGAUAGUGAAGAUCUGGGGCCUGAAGUGCAUCCCAACCCAAAGCGACGGAAGACUUUCCAUCAGGGCAGUCAUCCUACUCGACAACAUAACAAUUACACCAUCGCCUGGAUUUGCGCUCUGUACAUUGAGAUGGCAGUUGCAAAGGCGAUGCUCGAUGAAAUCCACGAAACUCCGCCUAAUGAUGCAAAUGACACUAAUACCUAUGUUCUGGGAAGCAUCAACAAGCACAAUAUCGUCAUUGCCGGCUUACCGGAAGGUCAGUACGGAACAAUCAGCGCGGCAACGAUUGCCACAAACAUAAAGCGAACCUUUUCUGGAAUUCGUAUGGCCUUGAUAGUUGGUAUUGGCGGCGGCGUGCCAAGCAAAAAGGAUAUACGUCUAGGCGAUGUCGUCGUUGGAACAAGAAUCAUGCAAUACGAUCUUUUAAAGGUUGUGGCAGAUGGAAAAUACGAGCGAAUUGCUAUUCCCAGGACCUAUCCGCCGUUGCUUGGAACGACUUUGACCAGUCUUCGCGCUAAACAUGAAAAUUCUCCCAGUCGAGUCCCAUCCAUUCUGCACCAGAAGCUACAGAGUCACAUCAAGUAUAGUCAACCAUCUGUUCCAGAUCGCCUUUUCCAAGCGACAUAUGAACAUACAUCGGAAGCAUCCAGCUGUGACUUUUGCGACCAGUCAAAACUUAUAUCUCGGAGUAGACGACUGCCCGGCACUAUAGAGAUCCAUUACGGCGGUAUUGCUUCUGGGAACCAGGUGAUAAAGCAUGGCCUCACCCGAGACAACAUUGCUCGAGAGCUAGAUAUUUUAAGUUUUGAAAUGGAAGCUGCAGGCCCUAUGGACAUUAUCCCAUGCCUCCCAAUUCGUGGGAUCUGUGACUAUUCAGAUUCCCAUAAAAACAAAGAAUGGCAAAGAUAUGCCGCAGCGACCGCGGCUGCAUAUACAAGGGAAUUGAUUGAAGAGCUCCCUGCGAUUCAAGAGCAGCCAGUAGUUGCUUAUUCAUCUGACCUUAAUCAUAACAUCCCUCAGAAUCACCGGCAACUGCUUAUGAAGUCCCUUGAAUUCAAGCAAAUGCAUUCCCGUAGAAUGACCAUCAAGGAAAAUGAUAGGAAAACCUGUCAAUGGCUUCUCGACCACGGUGACUAUAAAGUGUGGCUUGAUCCCACAAGAUUAAAGCAACACUCUGGAUUUCUUUGGAUUAGUGGCAAGCCUGGUGCAGGGAAAUCGACUAUCAUGAAGUUUGUCUACUCCAAUAUGAAGAAAGCAUGCCGUGGGAACAAUAGAAUUGCUUCCUUCUUUUUCAAUGCUCGUGGUGAACCUCUAGAAAAGUCGACCUCAGGGAUGUAUCGAUCACUAUUGCUACAAUUACUUCAAGAGUACCGCGACCUCCAAACAAUACUGGAUAACCCUGAUAUACUCCUCCAAUAUCAAGAGGAAUGUCCUCCUCUAAACGUUCUUAAGGACCUGUUUCGCGACGCAAUCUCCGCCCUUGGUCAUCGCCGGUUUACCUGUUUCGUUGAUGCUCUAGACGAGUGUGAUGAACAGCAAGUUAUGGACAUGGUUGAAUUCUUUGAAGUUUUAGCGGAACAGGCUACAGACCAUGAUAUACAGUUCAGAAUCUGUUUCUCAAGUCGACAUUAUCCAUACAUAGUCCUCAAGCAUGGAAUAAGAUUGACACUGGAGGAGCAAUCAGGCCACACAGAAGACUUAAAGAUCUAUAUCAAAAGCCAUCUCAGGUUCAAUGAUGCGUUGCUCAUUGAGGAAUUACUACCCGAACUUUUACGCAAAGCGGCUGGUGUCUUUAUGUGGGUUGUUCUCGUUGUUCAGAUCCUGAACGAGGAGGACCGACAAGGCGGACUAGCCUUAGGAAAACGACUCGCGGAAAUACCCAGCGAUCUGAGCAAGUUAUUUAAAGAUAUUUUAACACGUGAUACCAAAAGUAUGGACUCACUCCUACUAAGUAUCCGCUGGAUUCUAUAUGCAGAGCGGCCAUUGCGACCCGAGGAGUUUCGUCAUGCUCUCUGGUCUGGGUUAUCAUUAAUAAAGAAUAGGGUUGAUAGCCGAAUUCCAGCUGGUAGCUAUAACAGGAAUACUCUCGACAAAAUUGUCAUCAGUUCUUCAAAAGGACUCGCUGAGAUUACAAGAUCCGAAUCCCCAACAGUUCAGUUUAUCCACGAAUCAGUUCGAGACUUCCUUCUCAGAGAUAAUGGUUUGAAUGAAUUAUGGCCUGGAAUGGAAACCGACUGGAAGAGCUCAAGUCAUGAAGAACUCAAAAAAUGCUGCAUAUUUUAUCUGAAUCAGUUCCCGGCGUCUUCCAUUGAACGUCUAGUUGCAUCUCCACAUUCUACCAUUGGAGAGGAUAUAUCGAAUAAAUAUCCGUUCUUAAAGUAUGCAGCUCAAAGUAUACUCUACCAUGCGAAUGCUGCAGCUGAGGCGGUUGUACAGAAUGAAUUUCUUUCUGAAUUUCCAAUCGCGCGCUGGAUCAAGACGAAUAAUCACUUCGAGAAGCACAAGAUUCGUGAAUACACGUUAGCUGCGAGUCUUCUUUACAUCCUUGCAGACAAAGGAUAUCCGAAUCUCGUCCGUACAUGCCUUAAAGAAGAUUCGCAAAUCCAUAUAUAUGGUGAGAGAUAUCACUACCCAUUAUUUGCCGCUUUGGCCGGCAGUAACAAGGAAGCCGUUACUGCUCUUUUGAAACCAGCUUCAAAUAUUAUAAAUGAUAUCAAUAUCGCAGAGGGCUUGAAAAAUAGGAAAGACCUCAAGCGAUAUAAAAAUAGAACACCACUGUCUUGGGCUGCUCAGGAAGGUCGGUUGGAUAUUACAAAACUUCUACUUGGAACAGGGUCGGCACUCAAUGAGUUAGAUGGUGAAGGGAAGACCGGACUUUUGCGAGCUUCGGAGAAUGGCCAUGAGGCCGUGGCAAGGCUUCUUAUUGAGAAUGGGGCUAAUAUCAAUAUCAUUGAUAUGUUUGGACUUACAGCACUUCAUUAUGCGUUACAAAAGGGUCAUGAGGCCGUGGCAAGGCUUCUUAUUGAGGAAGGAGCUGAUUUCAAUAUCAGUGAGGAAGAUGGAUUCACAGCGCUUCAUUAUGUAUCACUAAACGGUCAUGAGGCCGUGGCAAGGCUUUGUAUCGAGAGCGGGACUGAUAUCAAUAUCAGUGAUCAGUAUAGAUACACAGCACUUCAUUAUGCAUCACGAAACGGUUAUGAGGCUAUGGCAAGACUUCUUAUCGAGAGCGGGACUGAUAUCAAUAUCACUGAUCAGUAUGGAUCCACAGCACUUCAUUAUGCAUCACAAUACGGUCAUGAGGCCAUGGCAAAGCUUCUUAUUGAGAAUGGGGCUGAUAUCAAUAUCAGUGAGGAAGAUGGAUUCACAGCACUUCAUUAUGCAUCACAAUACGGUCAUGAGGCCGUGGCAAGGCUUCUUAUUGAGAAUGGGGCUGAUAUCAAUAUCAGUGAGGAAGAUGGAUUCACAGCACUUUAUUUUGCAUCACGAGACGGUCAUGAGGCCGUGGCAAGGCUUCUUAUUGAGAAUGGGGCUGAUAUCAAUAUCACUGAUCAGUAUGGAUACACAGCACUUCAUUAUGCAUCACAAUACGGUCAUGAGGCCAUGGCAAAGCUUCUUAUUGAGAAUGGGGCUGAUAUCAAUAUCAGUGAGGAAGAUGGAUUCACAGCACUUCAUUAUGCAACACGAAAUGCUGCCGCACUACGGACUCACCCUGACAUCCCGGACUACUUUUUGGCACAUCAGAACAUAGUCCUCGUCCAACACAACUUCCACAAACCCGACAACUGGAAAAACCAAGAUUCUCCAACCCAGUUCUACCCUUACAAUACCUUCGGAACAGAUCAUCCUAUCGACCACAAGGCUUUCCACAGUGAUGAAGCCAGAUCUUUUCUGGAUUAUGCUAAGUUUAAUGCAGCCAAGAAAGGGAUGCAUCCUCGAGGUCGCACAAUCUACGUCGCCACGUUUAUCAAGCGAUGGGCCGAUGGUGGUGUCAUACGAAGGAAAAUGCCACAAACCGGCCAUAGCGCCUUCGGUAUUUUCGGGCUUCGGGGGAAACGUCGUGUUUACGAGCCACACCUUCUUUACGUCAAUGACUACGAUUUCAACCCACCAUGGCGCAACGGAUGGGGCACUGAUGUUUAUGAGUUCGACCCAAAACCUAAUGGCGAACCAUAUCCCCACGUUAUACUGUUGACUCAUCAGCAUAGCUCUUGCAGCGAAAAUUCUAUCCUUCGUGGAGAGCUCGAAGUUAUUGUUACAGCUAUGCGGAACCGCGCAAAUCAGCUAGUGAGAGAUGGCGAGGAGAAUUCGGCUCGCACGAAUCAGCGCAAACUACAAUUUCCAUAUGAAAGCAGAUUUCCGGUUCUAAUGAUCUCGGUGUAUGCUCCGACCAAUAUCAGGAUUUAUUACGCCUGUAUGGACAAUUUGCGAUUACACAUUCGCCAAUCGGGAACAUGGGAAGCGACGGCAUUUUCUAACGAUUUCAACUUCCUAGCUAUGGUAUUCUUGAGUAAUGCCCACUCAGGAUUUCACCAGCCACCUGUCAUUCAGCCGCCACCUAUCGUCCAGCCACCUCCUAUCAUCCAGCCGCUUACUGUCAUCCCACCAAGGCCUUCACAGCAACUCAUGAGCAGCAGGGGCUCGACAGCGAUACGCACAUACAUUAGCCCGAGGAACGAUAUUGAACUGGGAGGGCCCACGACCAUUGAUCCAGGACCCAAUCCUCACUCCAAGAAGAGCCUAGAUUGA